AUGAUGGUAGACACGGACACGCAGGUGGACGCUGAUGCCAGUUCAAUUGCUCAGAAACCCGCGACUACGGAAUGUGGCACCCAGACGGACGCGUGGCAUGGCCCUCCCAGGGCAGUCAGGGUGACGAGUCUCGAGGGAGUUAACAAUUUUGCUGACUUCCAGAGGCACUCUCUCCACGACUGGCCCGAGAAGGUCUUCAAAAAAACGACGAUCGAAGUUCUGUACCCGCUGGACUCUAAAUGUAAUGUAAAGGUCGUAGCGCUGGAACCAAACGACCCCAAAAUGAUGUUCUCCGUACAGAGACUGUAUCGAGACAGGUACCCAGACUUACCAACCCUCGAAGGAGACUUCGAGGUGCUGGAAUAUUCUACUACUGUAAGAAGGGGAGGGGAGAGAAGGACUAAAGUAGAGAAAGUUAUCAAGCUGUCGGCCAGCACACCCGAGCAACUCUGGUACGCUCUCGAGCAUGUCAGAGACAAGAUAAAACACGAGGACUCGGUGGCUCUGCACCACGUUAGUUACAUGCAGGUGGUUGAACUACGCAAGAUGGCUGAAGUGAUCUUUACUAACACUAAAGGUACGACGGUACAGAUCUACACCACGGCCACGCGGCGAGAGCAGCCUACAUAUGGAUUCAUUGUAUCCAAAAAGGACUCAACCUACUCACAACUUCUUGAGGGGGUGGAAAAAGCAGUAGGAGACACGCAAGUAUUUGCCGAAGACAUUACAAAAAUUAAAUACUAUGAGGAUAUUAUACAAAAUGGUAUUACCAAGGCUCUGAAUUUUAAAUUACCGAUUAAUGGACGAAUGUACGAGGCAAAUAAUGAAACAAUAACGGACUGUGGAUCUUACGACUUUGUGAUUAUUGGAGGCGGUACAAGUGGCUCUGUUAUUGCUAACAGAUUAUCAGAAAAUGGAAAUUGGAGCGUUCUUGUUAUUGAAGCUGGAAAUUUUACUGAUAAUGGCUUUAUUCAAUUCCUCAGAUAUUACGCACUUCACAGCUUUUCAGAUUAUAGUUGGGGAUAUAAAAGUACACCACAAACUAGCGCAUGCUUAGGUACCAUUAACCGACAAUGUAUGAUCCAUCGUGGAAAAGGUGUAGGUGGCACCAGCUUAAUAAAUGGAGCAAUAUAUAGUAGGGGUGAUCCCAAUAACUUUAAUGACUGGGCGAGAAUUAUAAAAGAUCCUUCUUGGUCUUACAAGAAUGUUUUAAAGUAUUUUAAAAAAUCGGAAAAUUUUCAUUUUACGAAUCCAAAUGCAACAAUAGACAUGAAAUACCACGGAGAUGAUGGUUUGAUGCAAGUUCAGCAUCGUUUACCGGAUUAUUUUCUUAAUGAAGUGUUUUUAAAUGCUAAUGAAGAACUAGGUUUUCCUAAAACGGACUACAAUGGCCCAAACCCAAUUGGAGGUUCGAUAUUUCAAUUAUCUUCAAAAUAUGGCGUCCGACAAGAUUUGGGUGGCAUAUUUAUAACACCAUUUCUAAAAAGACCCAAUCUUCAGAUUUUAACAAAUAGUUAUGUUACCAAAAUAAAUAUAAACCCUAAAACAAAAUCUGCGGACGGCAUCUUUUUUACAAACUCAAGAAAUAAGUGCCGAGUUAAAACUAACAAAGAAGUGAUACUUUGUGCUGGUGCCAUUUCGAGUCCACACAUACUUCUGCUAUCCGGAAUAGGACCUAGAGAACACUUAGAGGAAGUUGGUAUACCAGUAAUUGAGUCAUUGCCGGUGGGAAAUCGGCUAAAAGAUCACGCAGUGUUUAAAGCUUGUAUAUUUGAAGCCAAUUUUACUGCAAGAGAUCGGCCUCUUGACGAACAACUUAAAGAUUAUUUAAAAGGCGUUGGAGAAUUAACAGCACCGUCUAUUGCUCAAAGUGUGGGCUUUUACAAAAUGAACGAUAAAAAUAACGUAUCUGAUUUGGAAAUUAUCACUGAUACUGUUAAGUCUUCAGAGGUGGAAAAAAGAUACUCCCAUUGGACAAACGAAUCUUUUCAGGACGUUUGCAAGAACAACAAAACAUGUAUCGGCUUUUUAUUAGCAAAUCUGUUUCCAAAAUCAAUAGGAACUAUCAGACUUAAAAGUAAAGAUCCUUUCGAAUACCCCUUAAUCGAUCUUAAAUUAUUAUCCGAUCCAAAGGGUGAAGAUAUAGACAUUCUGUUUAGAGGAAUACAAUUUGUAUUUAGACUUAUUAAGACUUCUGCCUAUAAAAAACUUGGUUUACGUUAUAUUUCUAAAACUGUUCCAGAUUGUAAAAAGCACAAAUUUCGGAGUAGGGCAUAUUGGUACUGUCAGUUAAGACAACUCACUACAACUGGGUACCAUCCAGUGGGAACUUGUCCCAUGAGUAGAACAAGAAGUGAUGGUGGUGUUGUCAAUUCUAAAUUGGAAGUAUUCGGCAUAAAAGGAUUACGCAUAGCAGACGCUAGUGUAUUUCCUACUCCCUUGGCAAGUCAUCCUAGUGCGGCAUGUGUAAUGAUAGGCGAAAAGAUAUCUCAUGAAAUUAAAACACAAUAUAAAAGAUAA